GUCAAGAUGCGCAAGCGCGCGCGCACGGGCAUACGGCUAUGUGGCGUAUAACAGUGUCGGGAGAGGGAGCGAGUGAACAAACGAGCGUCGGAAGAGGAGAGAGAGAGCAAGAGGAAGUCUGGGUUAAAUCAGAUUCUUUUUUUUCUCCUUAACGCGUAUGUACAUACAUACGUGUAUACUUUCCGCAGUGCGUGAUGUUUCGGUGAGUCCAAGUGUGUCAUCUCCUACGAGGGCGAGAGUAAAUGGAGAGCUGUCAGAUGCGGCGUGACGACGCAGUCAUCGCGGCCGAAAGAUGGACAGAUUGCGACUACUGCCCGUGGAUUUACCUGCAAUCACUGUCAGUAGUACUGGAAACGUUAAAGGCAAGGCAUCUUUCGUUCGACGAUUGGCAAUAGGAUUUAUAAUUUUGGCUAUACUAGGCCUUUUGUAUGUACCAGCAUACCACUCCGCUCAGAGUCCAUUUUUAGGCUUAGGUGAGACUCCAUCUCCCGCAGAACCUCUUGGCAGUUCACAUUCGAUAGCGUCCGUGGCACAACUACAUGGAUGGUCAUACAAUACUUCAAGAGAUCUCUGUGUUUACAUUCACCCGGAAAAUACCACAUCAAUUAUUAGUCCUACUAUCUGCUUACCACCGCCAUAUCUGCUAAUAAUCAUAUGCUCGGCAGUAGCAAAUCACGAGGCUCGCGUUGCUAUCAGGAAUACCUGGGCCAACAAAUAUAACUUGGAUCAUUCGUAUAAUUCCGCGGUGAAAAUAGCAUUUCUACUAGGACAGACUGACAACGAUACACUCAAUAAUUUGAUUGUCGAAGAAAGUUCUCAAUAUAAUGAUAUUGUACAAGAACGUUUCUUCGACACGUACAACAAUUUGACAUUGAAAUCAGUCAUGAUGCUGAAGUGGGUAACAUCGAAUUGCGAUCAAGCUAAGUACCUAAUGAAGACGGACGACGAUAUGUUUGUGAAUAUUCCCUUGCUCCUGCAAACGUUGCGCAAAUUACCGCAAACUACCGAGACUCUGCUGGGUUCUCUUAUUUGUAACGCUAGACCAAUAUUAGAUCCUAAGAACAAGUGGUAUACACCAAAGUACAUGUACCCGGAGAAAACAUAUCCGAAUUACUUGUCAGGCACGGGGUAUGUUAUGAGCACGAGUGUAGCAUCUAAGUUAUAUCAGGCGGCGUUAGUGACACCUUUGCUGCAUUUAGAAGACGUUUACAUCACGGGUCUGUGCGCGAAGCGUGCUAAGAUCCGACCCGUCAAUCAUCCGGGAUUCAGUUACAUACCUCGUAAAAUAGAUCCCUGCGUACUCAAGAACGCCAUCACCACGCACAAAGUUAACGCGUCCAAUAUGUACGUGAUUUGGGUGAAGCUGAACGACACGAGCGUAACCUGCAGCAAUCACACUCGUACUGAUAGAAAGCCGGCUACCUUGAGUCGAAGCGGCAGGCAUGCCGGCUACUACGUUUUUAAGAGGAAAACUAUAACCCGGUGCGUUUAGAUGUUUCUGAUAAUAUUGAUUUCGUGCAUUAUAAUACGAUCGUUUGUGUGAUGCGAAUAUGUGACGCAGAAGUGAUAAAGUUGAUUUUGUAAUUUCGAAACACCGUACGUAGUGUCAGGAAACACGGUACGGUAGCUACAGCUCUUCUUUAUCUGUGAUGUUGUUUUGAGAGUAAUUGCAAUUAUUCAAGCGAAUUUUUUUAAGCCACGCGUCUCGUACACGCCAUUCGCUUUUUGUUUUGUCGAGUCUCUGUUACGAGCAAGUUGAAACGUUGAAUGUCAGAAAAGAUCUGAGAUCAGUGAAUCUCCCAUUCAAACACCAGGCUGUGUCAACUUUUCACUGUUAGUUUACGAUUGAUAGCGAGCCUUUAAGUUUCGCAUAAGAUUACGGCUGACUUAUACUGGCAGUCUGACUGAUCGUCGGUUAGCGAUCCAUCAUCUCCCUCCAGAUCAUGGUUUUGCGUGUAGUGUAGACGAAUACAGCGAAAAGAAUUUAAUUGAUUAGAAUUACAAGGUUAAUCGACAUUGGUGUAAGCCGGCCCUAUGCAUUUUUCGGAAGAGGAGUGAUCGUUCAGACGUUCAUCUGUCCAGAUCGAACAAACGUUCGGAUUUGCCCGAAGGUGUUUUAUAUAUUUUUCUAUUUAGACCAAAGUAGUAUUUAAGGAUAUACGCUGUCAAUUAGAUAUUUUACAUAAUUUGACUUCUUCGCCUCUUUGUGUAAGGCACGACGAUUUAAUAAGGAAAGAGCCUGUGGCACAUGAUCUUCAAAGGACAAACGUUAUUGUGUUAUUACGAAUGAUUUAGUUAAGCGUCAGGCUUAUGGAUUGACUUUUCCUAAUCACACGUUUGCAUGGUGUAUCGCGUAUUGCACGCAUAGAAAAUACUCCAGGCGACAAUUCUGUUCCGAAAUGGCUCAUCGUGUGCGACGUACAAAAAUUGAGAAUUGAACAGCUGCUUUCCGAAGGCUACGGGAGAGAGGGGAAGGGUGGGAGACGACAUUCCCAUCUUAUACACAGAUAAUCUCCAUAUAAUACUGUUGCUUCCAGGUACUUAUAUAAAAUUGUUUAAGAAUGUAACAGCGCUGAUCUCCACCCCUCUCCCCUAGGAUAUUAUUAAUCUACACGUUUCAAAAUCUCUCGUAUAGCCUUGUUUCCUGAGUAUGUACAAUGUAUAAGCUAUAACCACGAGAAAAUCGCUUCCUCGAUGUGGUAACGUAAGAUGUAGAUAUCUUUUUUUCUAUUUAAACAACAAAUUGCAAUGCUAAUGAUUCAAUUUAAAGAGAUCUGACAUUGAUAUCGAGUAAAAUUAAUUUGUUCAUUAUAUCUCGAAUAUUUGUGCAUAGAGAUCAUACGUUAUUAAUAUGUAUAUUAUUGUUUCGUAA